CUGAACACCGUAAGGUUGCUACAUACUUUAUGUCCUUAUUCGGGCUACGUUUUCCAUCUCACCAUAGAUACUCUGUUCUCCUGAUCGUCUAAUCGUAAAGUACUUCGACACAAUCCAUACACUUUAUUGUUGUUCAAAUCCCGUUUGCAUUGUCAUAGUCACAUCAGCAUGCAAGAACAGACCCGGACAGUUGGGAGAAACCAAAAACGCCUUCCGCACAACGGAAAGGCUUCUGGUGCACGAUCCAAACCCGAUCUCGCGCAGCAGUACGGAGGCCGGCACUCUGGACGCUGGGUAUCCAGGCUCCCGGAGUCGUGGAUACCCUACGUGCAACUGGCGCGCCUGAGCCCCCCGGCGGGCCUGGCACUGAUCUACUUCCCACACCUGUUCGGUGCUUUGCUUGCCGCGGUUGUCCGAGACUCGCCCCCUGGCCAUGUUUUACGCACAUGUGCCGUUCUGCUGCCCUGGAGCCUGUUCUUCUCCAACGCAGCACACGCCUGGAAUGACUUGGUCGAUGCACCCCUCGACGCGGCCGUGGCGCGCACCCGACAACGGCCCAUCCCCCGCGGCGCCGUCUCGGCCCGCGCCGCCUUUACCUUUGCAGUUUCUCAGGCUCUCCUGGGUAUCGCCGUGCUUUACGUUGGCUUCGCCGGCCGCGAGGGGCAGGGGACCGCUCUCUAUGUCCUGCCCAACGCUUUCGCAACGGUGUACUACCCGUACGCCAAGCGCCACACGCACUUUGCUCAAUUCGUUCUGGGCUUCUGUCUGGCCUGGGGCGUCGUCAUUGGCUGGUCGCCGGCAUUCGUAUCGAUGCUCCGCAUCUCGCCUCCCGCCAUUUACCUCACGCUGGCAUGUGUCCUCUGGACCGCCAUAUACGACACUAUAUACGCUCACCAGGACCUGGUUGAUGACAAAAGACUUGGGCUUCGCAGCCUGGCAGUCAUGCUGGGUGACCGUGGCACAAAGCCCGCACUAUCUUUCUUGUUGUGCGGCAUGGUGACCAUGCUCGUGGCAUGUGCCACCUCCUCGGGGGUGAUGGGAUGGUGGCCGUACCUGAUUAUCGCGCCAGGUGGAUGUGUGCUGUCCCUCGGAUGCAUGAUUGCUUAUGUCAAUUUGAAAGACUCAAGCAGCUGCUGGUGGUGGUUCGGCCAUGGUUUCUGGACCGCUGGUUUUUCCAUGGCAGGUGCCCUGGCUACCGAGUAUAUCGUGCAUCGCUUAUUUGUGUGAAGAUUAUGAGACUAGACAGGGGGUGUCAAUGCCCCUUGCGUGGGUCAGCAUUUGCUUGGUCGGAUGUGCACUACUCAACUUCCGUUUCAAGAAGGUAUGGGCGGCAUGGGACAGUGGCAGGCAUUAGACGCGGAGACCCCAGAUUAGUACUAUAUACAGCGCGGUCAGCAC